AUGCAUCCAAGACCCCAUGCGGAUGACUGGGUCAGGGACAAGAACCUUCCCAUCGUUCACAAGGUUAUCAAGGUGCUCAACCUCUUGCCCCUAGCUAGUGAGGAUGUCCGUCGAACAGAGCUUACUGACCCUGUGCCUUGGUUUAGUGAGCUGAACCAGGCCCUGUUUUUACUUCCAUUUGCCGUGUUGCCCUAUGCCAUCCGCACUCUAUAUUAUAACUACGUAUCACACGAGCUCCCAGGUCGAUGCGCCAUGUGGGGUUGUCUGUUUGUAUAUACCAUGACAUUUGGUGUGUAUUGGAUACACUUUCUUCGGCACCUUUCCAAGAAGUAUGGCUACUUUCAUGGUGCUCGUGGCCGUGAUACUAUCCCAUUCUCCGAAGUCAACAAGAUUGCCAAAGAAAUACUGGGGGCCGUUCUUCUUCGUUCAGCUUUGGUUGUCUACUCGUCGUACGAUCCACAUGCGGCACCGUCGCUAUCGAUUUGGACCCCGCUACAGCUAUUUUUCUUCACGGUCGUGGAUGACUUUUACUACUACUGGCUUCAUCGUGUCUGUCACGAGACGGAGAGUGCGUGGAAGCUGCACAGACUACAUCACACGACCAAGGCUCCGACACUAUUGCUCCUGGGGUAUGCAGAUGAUAUCCAGGAGUGCUUUGAUCUGUUUCUGGUGCCUCUUGCUACCUGGCUCACAUUCCCGAUUCCAUUUGAUGCGUUUGUGAUUUGGAUGCUGAUUCACGUUUCCAUUCAAGUGGUGGGCCACAGUGGUAUUCGUCUUCACCACGGCACGCUUCUCACAGGACCUUACUUGACUCCUUUUGGCGCUGAAAUUGUAACGGAAGACCACGACUUACACCACCGUCACGGAUGGCGCGAGUCCUACAACUAUGGUAAGCAGAGCCGUCUUUGGGAUGGGCUAUUCGGCACCAAGGGAGAACGCAUCGAGGGCCACAGUGGCAACAUUGACCGCACGCGAUUUAUUUAUUGA